AUGUCUCAACCCUCUCAGCGCUCUAAUGGUGAUUCCGGGGAACAAGAAGAGGAUAUGAUGGCCGGUCCCAAGGUCGUUGAGGCCUUGCAACAAUUUGGUAUUUCCGCACAAGACUGCGAGAAACUCAAGGCCGCCGGUCUUUACACGCUUGAAGCGGUGGCUUAUACGCCGAAAAAGAACCUUAUUGCGAUCAAGGGCAUUUCCGAGCAGAAAGCCGAUCGUAUUCUGGCCGAGAGUGAGCUCGAUGACCGUUUCGAACCUGUUGCCCAUAAAAUCGUGCCACUCGGUUUUGUGACGGCCACAGAAGUCCAUAAUUUGCGGUCCGAGCUGGUUUGCAUCACUACUGGGUCAACGCAAUUAGAUACUCUUCUGGGCGGCGGGAUUGAGACAGGAUCAAUCACAGAAUUGUUUGGCGAAUUCAGAACAGGUAAAUCCCAAUUAUGCCAUACGCUUGCUGUGACCUGUCAGCUACCUUCCAAUAUGGGCGGUGGAGAAGGCAAAUGCAUGUACAUUGACACCGAGGGCGGGUUCCGUCCUGUUCGACUGCUGCAGGUAGCCGAGCGUCUCGGUCUAGACGGAGAAGAAGUCUUGCAAAACGUCGCCUAUGCUCGAGCGUACAACGCUGAUCAUCAGAAUGCACUCCUCGUCCAGGCUAGUGCGCUGAUGUCGCAAUCUAGAUUCGCGCUUUUGAUUGUCGAUUCGUGUACCAAUCUUUACCGAACUGACUUUUCUGGUCGUGGGGAGCUCUCAGCGCGACAAGCGCAUCUGGGAAAAUUCUUGCGUGUGUUGCAGCGCCUGGCUGAUGAGUUUGGUAUUGCGGUUGUGAUCACCAAUCAAGUCAUGUCAUCUCCUGACGCUGCGGCUGGACCAUAUGCUGGAGGUGUCAAACCCAUUGGAGGGAAUAUCAUUGCGCAUGCUUCUACUACCCGACUCCAGCUCAAGAAAGGAAGAGGCAAUACGCGCAUAUGUAAAAUCUACGAUUCUCCUUGUCUGCCAGAGAGCGAGGCUCAGUUUGCAAUUCAUUCAUAUGGUAUUGGCGAUCCUGAAGAAGAGUAG